AUGGCUCUAUCUGAUUUUCGUACUAAAUCUUCGAAUAUCGCUCCUCCAGAAAGUGUUGGAGAACCCUUGAAAGUGAUCGAAUGGGACCACAUGGACUUGCGACUGUUUUAUCCAUUUGCCUUGACCAGGUGGUCCUUUGCUCUUCCACCAGUUGACCUCGUGUUCAGUACUUGGGCAGUACGAACCGGUCUCUACCCUCUAGCCGUUCUUCGGAGUCGGAUGCAGCUUCAGAAGCAGACGACAGUUUACCGAAACACGAUGCACGCCUACAGAGAUAUUUUACAACAAGAAGGGCUCCGAGGACUUUACCGAGUGAGAAUUCUUGUAUGGGACGCUUCGAAUUGCUGCUAGGGCUUCUGGGUGACCGUGCCCCAGAUAGGCUGCUCGCUCAUCUACUCGACGGUCUACGAGAAGCUCAGGGCGGAUCUCCAGAACAAUGGCAUGACUUCAGUGGCUGGCGUUUCCAGCAUCGCUGGGGGAGCGGCAAGCUUCGCUUCGCAGGUUUCCCUUCGAUGAGACAAAUAUUCAACAUAGGAACAGGUUAUUUUUGUGCCAACUGAUAUUGUCGCUCAAUACAUGAUGGUUCACAAGAAAGCCGAUGAGCUCGUGGGAAUGGACAAAUCCGUCGUUGACUACGUCCGGUAUCACAUCCUUUUGACCGAUCAACAAGACUUCCAGGAGUGAGAAAGUGCGCCACAAAUCCCACAGCAGACGGGUCAUCGAGGCCGUCUAUCGAAUAGACGGACUUUCUGGCUUCUACCGGUUAACAUUUUUCUUUUUGAAUUCCUUAAAUUUCAACGUUUUAGCGGGUUCUGGGCUUCGAGUGCUGUGUAUGUGCCCACGUGUCUAGUCUUUUGGCCGGUCUAUUAUUGGCUCCAAGACUCGUUCAACAAGGUAUAUUUAAUUGUAGCUCCCGAAAGAGUGAAUUGUCUGUUACAAAUUGAAAUUCUUUGCUAAAAAAUGAAGGGGAAGUAAAAACCUCGCAUAUGACGAAAAAAGCUUUAAAAAAUGUUUCUAUUGCCGUUUCCAAAGUUAAUCCGCAAAAUUCAAAAUAGCCACAGAGUUAAAAAUACAACUGAAUCUCGGAAAUUAAGAGUUGAUUUUAAAUUUCGCGAAAAUUACUUCGAACACUGUAUGUGCGCGAGCGGCGCAGUGCAUGCACACGAAACACAACAAUUUACGGAAAAAAUAUAGGCGGGCGUCGUUAAAAAAACGCCGUGGCAACGAAGAAGUAAGCUCUUUAAAGAAAGCUUUCAAAAGACACAGAAAGAAAGUCAGAAUAGGCCGUAACUGAUGAGAGAAAAGGUCGCAUUGAACAUUUUGAAAGAAAUUGUAGCCGAUUACCUUUUUUUUUAGGCUUUUUUUUUUGUUUCUAAAUCAACGACAAAAAAUGUAUAUUCCACCGCCACUUCUUCUUUUUUUUCAAUUAUUUUAUGUUAGUCAUGAUCAAGGAAGAUCCUUGUAACUCUGAUAUGAAUCGAGCUCAUUUUCAAGCUCCGAGUGAGGCAGAAGCAGUCUCUGUUGGUGGACCAGGCGGCGGCAGCGACACUUGGAAGUUUGUGCUCGACAGUGGCCACCAACCCGAUGGAGACGUUCCGGAUUCGCGUACAGGUUCAUCGCACCUCGUACUCGCAGACGCUCUCCAAGAUGCUCAGAGAAGAAGGAUUUUCCAUCUUCACCAAGGGUCUCCCACCGAGGUUUUCUUUUUUGAAACCCUAAGUGCCAGCAUUGAAUUUUUUGCCUUCGAUCGGCUUAACAUAUUAAGAAGUUGAGAAUCCGAGGCUUAUGCAAUAAGGCUGAGUUAUUUUUGAUGUUUGAUUGUUGGCUCAAAAAAAAAAAUCAAUUUCAAAAUUUCCGCUAUCGUGUUUCUGUUUUAAAGUUCAUACAGAGUUUUUAGGACACGAACCAUAAAAAAGAUAAUGAAACAAAUUUUGAUGUUUAUUGCUGUUUGAGGCAUUCAAAAAAUUCCGGUCCAGAAGAUUUUGAGUCUAUUCUUUAUAUCGAACUUGGCAGGUUGCUCAGCAACUCGAUCUACACUUGCGUGGUGAUGGUCGGCUACGAAGUCGUGAAACGGCUGUGCGUCCUUCCCGAGUACCGCCAUCUCGUCCGCUGGUGACUUCUCUUCCUGCAUUCAGCGUCUUCCUUCGAAUUCAUAACGAAGUCUUUGCAUUCGCUUGCAACCAUAAAAAUGAGAAGAUGAUUGGACUAAAACAUGUAGAACUGAUGUUAUUGGCGAAAUGAAUGAAUGGAAAAAUCGCUUCGAGAAAAAAAUGAGCAGAAGACAGGUGACGAGCUUCUGAAGUCAUGUUUUGAAAUGCCGCUUCGCUUUGAUAAACCAACUUCAUUUCAGCUCGACAGUACAAAAACUCAAAUUUGCCAUAGGUGUCUUCAGUCGUCAUGGCGGCGUUACUCACAAAAAGGAGUCCUGCAGACGGAUGAUUUGCGGCAAGAAUUCAUGUCUUCCGGUGCAGAGCGUGCGCAUUUCCCCCGGGGCCAUCGACAUUGCCUUUCGACGUCUUUCAUUUUCUCCGUUCUUUUCCAAACUUUCUUUUUCUUGCUCUUCACGCUCUUCCUUAUUACAUUAACUUAGAUCUUUGUUUAAAAACUCCGUUUAUUUCGUACAUUUUUAAGAGGUUCACUUUCGAAACAUGUGUUUGAAAAGCAAUUAUUUCCCAAAAAAAAAAAUGCAGAACUAAUGGCGUUUAUCAUAAUUAGGCUUAUUUCGAGAUUUUAUUCAGAGUUACAGUGAAACCACAAACAUAAAAUUGAGUGAUUAACACGAAGAAGGUAAACCUUUCAAACGGUAAAGUUUACUUAGAUUUUGCAUUUCUCGUCGUUGCUCAAGCUCCGCCCCUAAUUACGCUAUAAACCAAUCAGAGAGCGAGCCGUUCACAGAGUGUUUUCGAAUAACUUCAUUGUCCUUGAAAUUCGAGUUCUGACCAAAAAAUACUCUACAAGCGAGAAAUUCUUUCGCGACUGACUUCUUAUUUUCUUAUAAGCCUCCGUAAGCGGCUAGGCAAUCUAUUACCAGUUUUUUUUGUUUUCUAUGUUUCACUAGGGCUGUACUUUCAUUUUUUUUUUUAUUGAAACAUUUUUGGAAAGAAUUAAAAUCGGCAAGCAUCAAAAUAUAUUUUUGAUAAACUCUUCGAUUGAAAUUCCUAUUACUUUAAACAAAUUUAGUUCCAAUCAUUUCGAACUCAAAAUGAUUUUAAAGGUCUUUGAACUCCCAGUUUUCAAACUUCCUUCCAUUAUGUCCCAAUUUUUCCUUCCUUUCAUGGUAAAAUUUUAAAAAAAAACUAUCAAUUUUUGCGCGUGAUUUAAAAUGUUGCGCCGUCAUCGCGUACAAAACAACAGACCUCACGCGAUCAGUCUAAAAAUUCAUUUCGGUCGUUUUUUUAUAGUAGCCGUUUAUCGAAAUUUCGAAAUUUUUGGUUUGUGUCCAAAGCGCGUCGGAGAGAAGUUCGAAUUUUGCGAAAUUAUUUUCAACAAUGAAAUGGAGGAGCGAGAAUUCACAUCGAUUGCGCGAUAAACGAAUUUGUUAAGUUUUGAAACGAAAAAGUUUUAAAUUCUUUCUUGCAAAUUCAUUAGUUCUUUUUUUAUCAAUGCACACAUCAUAUACUAUUUUUUUGUGAAAAACCUUUUUCAUCCUCCUCUUUUUCUCAGUUUUUGCUUUUGGAAUUUUUUACCCACUUUCUCAGAAAAUUAGUAACUAUGCAGAGAUGUUUUCAUCUUCGAAUAUCACUGAAGCAUACCCGCGGUGAAGCUUUGAAUGUUAGAAACUCAUAAAUAUAAGAUGAGGUUUUGGUGGGAAAACCGGAUGUGGAGCGACAAUAGAGCUAGUGGCAGGUUCAAUUCAUUGAGGCCUUAAGUCUAACGAUUUCAAAAGAGCAGCGCGGUCUUUUCCCUUUUUAGUUUUAUCGGCGUUUUCUCGUCAAAGGCUUCCAGGAAGAAAAAAAAAACAUUGCCUCUUCCGACAUACAACUUGAAAAAAGAAGUGUUUAUUUUCUCUUUUUCAUGAAGCUGUUAGUUAUCGAUUCACGCAAACUGAAUUACUUUUCGUUUCUUUUGAUUCUUGGAACUGAGGAAAUUUUCACACAACUUUCCGCUUUUUUAUUUUUGCCUUUUUCUUUAUAGUUUUAUUGAAACCUUCGGAAUUGUUUUUUCCUUUUCAGGAUCGCCAAAAAAGAUGGACGUCGCAACGGCGUGUUCGCCGCUGCGACGUCGCCGCCGUCGAAAAAUCAUGUUAGUUAUUUCAACAAUGAAUUUGAUAGCUAGUGAAAAACUUAUCAAAGAGACUUUUUUACCCCCAGGAGAAUUUGAAAAAUUAUAAGAUUAUGUUUAAAUUAAUCUUGAAUUUAGAUGGAGACGUCGCGCAGCUUUACGAUCCAGAAGACGUCGACGGAAGAGGUGAAUCGCGUGCUGCCAUGUAAUCGUUCCAUCUUUGUUGAUUUUCGUCGUGUGUUUCGCAUUUAUUGUUUUCCCGCCGCCUUCGCCGCCUUUUUUUGACAUCGACGUGUUCCCCUCGCCGCAGCAAGUCCAUCCCCCGAAUAUGAGCAGAUUUUUCGGUGUGGCCGGACGUCCAGGGCCGUCUUCGGCAUCGAAUUCACCCCAGUUCGUCCGCCGAAAGCCGACGUCGUCCAAGUCUUCUGUCCUCAGCUUCCGGCGUGUCAUUAGCACUAUUUUCUACUCCAGGUGGUUUCUAAUGGCUGAAAGGGCGCUUGCAGAAAGAGAAGCAAAAAAGUAGCCGCUAGCAGAGAAUCUCAGGAAAUGAGCUCUCCGAUUGAAAUUUUCAUCUAGGGACAAUCUAAAAGGGAAAAUUGAAAAUAUUGUGUUGAUAAACAAUAAAUAUCUUUUCGAUUUCACUAUCAGUUUCUCAUCGAACACAUUUUUAAGAACAGUCCUUCAAAACUGGAGCAAAGAUUUGAAACGUUUCAGAAAUUGGAGCAUUUACGAAAUCGAACCUAUUUUUCGUAGAAAUUUCGAUAAUCAACUUUCUUAACAACUAUCAUUCCCAUACAUUCGAAAAGAAAAACAGUUUUUUUUUUUCGUAUUUUCAGUUCAAAACGCUUUUUAAUAUAUUGGAAAUUUUCCACCGCUUUAUCUAUGAUUAUCGCCUUUUAAAAAAAAAAACCAAAAAUUGAUUCAAUAAUAAAAAAUUUCAAAGUUAAUCGUGGAGCGAACUUUGACCUGCAUAUAAGCGCCAUUUUUUUUUCUGAUUACUCCAUUGGAUCUUUCUGAGACGAGAGAAUAAAAUAGUCAGAAAAGUUUCGUAUGGUUCUUUUAUUUCAUCCAAUUUUUAUGAAAAAUAAUCAAUUUGUUUCAGACAAUUGAGACGUGCCAAACAAGCUGAAUCGGAGGUUUGACUCAUUUUUUUUUUCGUUCGUUUGUCUUCCAAAAAAAAAAAUGCUUCUUUGCUCAUUUAUCAAUUUCUUGCCUUGAGAAUCUAUCACUCGGCUCAAUUGAAUGUCACGCUUGAUUUUUCGUUCUUUGCCGAAAAAAAUUAUUUGCGUUAGUUGAAAUGUUGAAAGAACGAAGAAUUUUUCUUCCGGAAAUUCAAUUUUGAAAUAGGCGAGGGAAAAAGUACGUUGGGAGUUUUUUGAAUUUAUUGAUGUUCUCUCGUAUCGAUAUCGUUCGGUUUUUGUUGCGCUGCACUAAAAAAUCGCUCGAAAUAAUAAAAGAAUUUCCCGCGGUUCAAUAAAAAAUCGCAUCUGAAGCCCUUUUUGCCACACUUUCCGACGUUUCGAUGAGCGUGCGUUCUACUGCCGAGCCUCGUGUUGGUUUUUUGUUUUUUUUUAAAAAUCUAAUUGCGAUUAGAAGAUUCUCAUAACGCUGAGUUUUUUUUUAACGUAUUUUCGAAUUUAGGAUCCGUGUUAUGUCGUUUAAAGGCUUGUGAAAAUUUUUUUUUUCUGGUGUCAAAAAAGUGUGUACGGCAAACGAUAACAUUGGUUAAAAAAUUCAAACAGUUUUCUGCGCGAAAAACAUUGGUCAAAAAGUUCAAGCAAAGAAACUUUUUAAAUUUUUUCAACUCUCCUGUUAUGAUUCAUGGUCUGUGACAUUGUGGGUGAUGCCACCACAGGCGAAUCGAGAACGUACCAUAAUGUGUCACAAAGGUACCUCUCAAAAUGGAUCGCGAAAAACCCCUCUCAUUUUGCUCAAAAACCUCAGAGGAAUCCUCGAGGUACCAUCGUGAGACUUCAGACCCUGCGAAAUACCUCAGAGGGUCUCGCGAUACCCUUUCUCGAUUCGCCUAUGACCUAUGAGCUCAUAAUUUUCUGAGAUUUCACUAUUGAACAUUUCAAAACUCCAACUUCUCAAAGUGUCGGCUGGCUUCAAUGUCCAAAUCUUUCUGAAUCUUUCGAAAAAUUAAGAUCUGUAUAGGAACCUUCCAAAUAGCGUUUGAAGAAUGGUUUUGAAUAUAUUCAAUUUACGUUUGAUCCAAAAAUUUUUAAAUCAUCUGUUUUCACGACGAUCGUAGGUAGAAAUGUUUUGGUAGCUUGAUACUGAAAGUUUGUUCGUUCUGAAAAAUGGUAAAGACAGGAUUUAGCAGAACGCGCCCCAGCCGACAGAGGAAGUGGUCUCCCUGCUGCUGCAGAUCCGACUCCAGAGCGGCCACCAGUUGCCGGUCAAAGAUGCCUCGGGCAGCAGCGACCCCUACGUCAAGUUCAAAUACCGGGACGCUCUCGUCUACCGGAGCAGCACAAUCUUCAAGAACCUCAAUCCUGUCUGGGAGGAGGAGUUUCAGAUGCUCGUCGAAGAUAUCAUGGAUCCUCUUCUAAUCGAGGUUUUUCAUUCAUUUACGAUAGACUUAAUGAAAGCUUAUAGUAUUAUUUUAUUAAUGAAAUUCAGCUCUUCCAAAAACGGAGAAAAAAAAAAAUUUAUUUUCUGGUUUUCAUUAAAGGAAUCUAUUAAAGGAGUAAAAAAAAAUUGGCUGCGCUUCCUUUCUACAGUUAUGACUGAUUCACGGCUGGCUUGACCCAUCGGGAAGUGGGUCCUGACACGAUAAAAAAGAAGAUAGUGCUUGGUUGGUGGAGAGCGCAGACAGACCACGCCCCAAGCUAGUCAUGAAUCGACUAUAUGAUAAUGAGGCUUGUAUAUUCCGUUUUCGCUGCUGCGCUCUCCUUAUCUCUCGACGCCCCUCUCAUGUUUACAUGCUAUUUUCAUGUUUCUCUGACCUUUCCGGUGAGGAAAAAGAGAGACGCAGACACGCGAAAACUGUCAAUUCGUGGCGGACGGACUAUAAAUUCCUAUAAAUUUCAUUGAUAUCGCUGAUUUACGGCUAGCUCAAGACGCUUAGGGGGCGUGUCCUGUCUGCGCUCUCCACGAGCCAGGCGCUAUCUCGUGCAUUAUUGUGUCAGGACCCUUUUUUCGAUGGCUCGAGCCAGCCGUAAAUCAGCUAUAAACCGCUCUCUGACUAUUCUUUCUACGAUAAUAUUAUUUUCAUUUCCUCUCAGGCUGUAGCAGUUUUUGUUAUUUUCUAUUUCAGGUCUUCGACUUUGAUCGUUUCUGCAGCGACGACUUCAUGGGAAACGCAACCCUGGACUUGAGCCAAGUCAAAUGGACAGUGUCUGUCAUGUCUGCACCUCAAUUUCACAUACAAUCUGACUUCAGACCAACAGAAAUGCAAGUCCAAUUGAAAGACGAAAACGGACUCGCGGCCGGCAGAAUCAUUUUGAACGCCUCUGUUUUGGCUCUCACGCAGAUUGAAACUCAUGAGGUUCAAAGAGAGUUAUUUUAACUUUUAUGAAGUUUUUCUGCAGUUCAAGCAGAAAGCGAGUCGAACGGGGGUUUUCUCUCCUACGCUUUCAAGGAAAAAAGAAAAACGUGAGUUCGCAGUUUUUCUAACUGUUAUUCUGUAUGAGAAACUAUAUAAAAGAUUAGUAUCACGGCGUCUUUUCGACACCACGCCCACUUUUCCUCCGUAAAGUGUCGUGUGUCGUGUACAUGCACUGCGCCGAUUUCGCGCAGAAAAUUUCGUUCAUGUAGAGAAAUUUCGAUCUGUCUCAAAAGACCUCUGGCAGUACGGCGGCCUGCGCCGGUGAAUAUUUUGACUCCGCCCACCGUGUUUUUCUUUUUACUUUGUCUUCCACUAACAAAAACACCGUGAUUUAAAAAAAAAAGGAAAGUCUCAGAUUUGAAUAUUUACAGCUGUUCAAACAUGGACAAAGGUGAUAAACGUGGUUCUAGUGGAAGGAAAGAACAUCCGCGCGAGCAGCGGAGAUCUUCCCGAUCCCUUUUUCAAGUUCAAAUUAGGACAGGAAAAGUACAAAACAAAGGUUUUUUUCUUUCUCGUUUCGAAUAGGAGCGAUAUGAGUUCUUGAAAGAAGUAGGCUAUCCAAUGCCCCAUUUUUAACUGAGAAAAAGGACGCAGGUGUGUCAGCGGACAUCCGAGCCCAAAUGGAUCGAGCAGUUCGACAUGCACGUCUUCGAAAGCGGCGACGAGUUGCUCCAGAUGGUCUGCGUUGAUCGUGUCUCAAGCGACGUCAUUGGAAGGUUCGACCGCGUAGAGACCUGUGGAGAACGAGAAGCGCAGGUUGACAGUCGAUGUCGCGCAGCUCGCAGUCGACGACACCGUGCAGCGGUGGUUCCCCUUGGAGACUAGUCAGUUCGGAGCCGAGGUGUUGCUUCUGCUCACCGUCAGCGCCACGCCUCCAGCCGACGCCGUCGUCGACUUUGCCGAGUUCAACUACAAUGACGUCCGCAAUGCGCUCAUCGAGAAAUACGUCUGUUUUUUUUUUCUUCGGAGUGGGCCGACUAUAUCUCAUCCGAAGUCUUCAUUUUGAAAAUGUUAGGAAACUUUGUGAACGGAGUAUUUUGAUUUCUUUGACAUGUGAAGUGCAAAAAGAUUCUAUUUUAGAACUUACUAGUUAAUAAGAGUCUGCUGAGAUUUUCUUUGCAAAAGUCUUGUCUGAAGCGUUCUAGACCGACCUAAUGAUCUUACUCGAGCAAAGUAGGAAUGGUGGAUAAUGGCCACCAAAAGGAAGAGGCUUAAAAAAGGGCGCAUAAAGGCAGCAAAAAGAGUCCUUCCAUUUUUAAUGGGAUUUUAAAGGCUCAGGGAAUGGUGAAAAAAAGGGAGAAGCAGCAAAAAUGGUGCAUAAUAGCCGAUGAAAUGGCGCAAAAGGGCAGCAAAAAAGGAACCUUCUGCGGCCUUUUCUGAGCUUCUUCCUUUCAGCGACCAUUAACCCCCAUUCCUAUUUUCCCCGAGUACAUGUUUUUUUUUUAAGUUUGAUAGCUUAUAUGUUCAAAAAACUAUUUAAACGUUGUAGGAUUGGAAAAGAAGCUUUGCGAAUUCUGGGGACGUCGGCACUUUGAGUGUGAAAGGCAGGUUUCCGGAAGAAAUAUUCAUCCCUGGUUGAUUUUUCAGUUUACGCGGCUACGGAUCUGCAAGCGAAGGACAUUGGCGGCAAAAGCGAUCCCUUCGUUGUCUUGGAACUCGUGAACACGCGUCUGCAGACCCACACCGAGUACAAGACGCUCAAUCCAGAGUGGAACAAAAUUUUCACUUUGUUUGUUUUUUUUUUCUUUGCUGCAAUGUCCUUUUUAUUGCCUUUUUCCGUCCUUUCAUCGGCCUUUAUCCACUCUUUUUGGACCUUUUUGAGAAACAAAACAUUUUUUAAAUCGAAAAUAGUCUUUAUCAGUGACUGUGUAUGAACCAAAAUGUGUUACAAUAAUAAAAUCGGAAAUCAUCAAAGGUUGAGACUUUCAGCACCCUCACUUUUUUUCACCCUUUUUUGAAGCAUUCUAGCCCACCAAAAAAAGGCUCAAUAAGGCCGCAAAACGGAACCCUUUUACAGGCCAUUUGGCAGUCACUCCUGUUUUCCGCCGACUCUGGCAGUGUGAUAUCCUUUUUUCAAAUCUAGCGUCAAGUUGAAAAAAUCUCGCCUUUUUUUUGAACUUAUUUUCUUUCUUUUUGUCUUUUUUACGAGUCCUUUCUUAUAAUCGCUUCUUUGGAUACUUUUUCAUUACAGCAAAGUGAAAGACGUUCAUGUCUGCUUAGAAGUGACCGUCUACGACGAGGAUCCCAACAACAAGUUCGAGUUUCUAGGCAAAGUUGCCAUCCCUCUUCUCACGGUUCGCCUUUUUUUUUACUUCUUUCAUUUUUUUGAAAGGCUUUCUGAGUAUGUAAAACGAAAGGCUUACAAAAAAUGAAAAAUUUUGGUACACUUGAAAAAUUGAAUGGUUUUGGAGCUCAAAAUUGUCCUGAACGCAGUGGCAAAAAGAGAUUUUUUCGAAAAAGUUUUCAGAUUCGGAACUGUGAAAAGCGAUGGUUUGCGCUGAAGGACAGAAAACUGAAAUCUCGAGUGAAAGGCGAAAUUUUGCUGGAGAUGGACCUUAUUUGGAAUCAAGUUGGUUUUUGAACAAAGUUUAGACUUCAAUGAAUUUUUCAAAAAAAAAAAAAGAUUUUUCCGUUUUGACGUGUGUAUAAAACACUGUAAAUCGUCUUCAUUUUUAUUUUUCCUUCAGGCUCUAAACCUUUCUCAUUUUUAAAAAAAAGGUCGUUGAGAGUCGGUUUUCCUAGAAUCCUGCCGAGUCGAAACUUGAUCGGCAGCAAAGUCGCUGACCAAAAAAAUCCAACGUUUGAAAAAUUUAUUUUAUUUAGGUACGAGCAGCUUUUCGGACGUUUAAGCCCAAGGAACAUAAGUUUGUUCAACAAGAACAGAAGUUCAAAGUAUCUUCCCACUUUUGUUUUCCUUCGAAUCUCAAGCUUUUCUAGGCGUCGAUUCUACGCGCCGCCGUUUCCGAGGUGAAAGAGCUGGUGAUGGUUGGAGUGGACCUACGGAACUGGGUGCAAAGCGUCUUCGAUUGGGACUCGACGCCAAGGACCGUUAUUUCUUUUGUGGUUGGGUGUUUUUAUUUUUUGAGGGCAUGACGGAAAACCAUCAGGUAAAAAAGUUGUUGCAAGCGAAUUAUCUUCGAGUUUUAUACAUCCUUUCAAGAGUUUUAAGAUUUUUACAUUUCAUUUUGUAAAUUUCAUUUUGCAAUCCCUAUAGUGGUAAAUAAAGCUUGCAAAAGUGGUCCCUAUAGAAGUUUUAGUAGUGGCCCCUAUAGGGGACAUGCUAGUCGAUAAUGUUAUGAACUCUGAUCCAAGAAACUGAAUGAACAACCGUUUUUUUUUUUGAAUAGAAUUGAGCGACCCUAGGAGCUAGGGAGUCAGACCCUAAACCCCUAUAGGGACUACCUUAAUUCUACCCCUAGAGGGACCACUUUUCCGCUCCCUUUGAAGGCUGUUAUCCCCCUAAUCCAUACAGGGACCAUUCUAAAAUUCCUAAGGUCAGUUAGACGAGUAAUCGGCUCACGGCGCUUCGCGGAGACAAUUUUUCUCAAAAUUUUACAAAUCCUCUCCCUGGACUUAUUGGGCUCUGGACUUGCUCGCGUAUGACUCGAGAACAACACGAUCGCGUUUUUACAUGACAGCGUUCUUUAAGCAUUCUACACGACUUUUAACAAGAAGCUUAAAAAAGAACGACUUGAAGAUUUUCCACUCUAACUCUUGUAUGUCUCUGCAACGCCUCGAAAAUUGAAGCUUGCAGGUGUUUCUUAUCGCCGUCGUAAAGAUGGAAAUCUACCAUCUACCUUGCCUUCUGCUUUGCUUUCUAGCAAAGAACUAUGUCGUGAAAAGAGCGACCAUUCCACCUGGCGAAUCGUGGAGUACAGUACCUGUGAGAGUAGUCGAAGACGAUGAUAAGGUUGACAUUAGCUCAAAAAUCUUCCUUGACCAUGUACUUUUUGAGUCGGGGACGUCUUCCCUGCGAGACACGAUCUUCUCUAUCCAAGACACCCUGACGCUGGUGCAGCAGUCGCUCAUUUUUGUCCUGCAGCUGGUCCAACGCAUCCGAAGGUGAUACGUCUUCGGCUUCUUCUGACGUCUUCAUGUUUUCCAGAACCUUUGACUUUUCCAAUCCGUGGCUCUCCACUCUUGCCGUUCUAGUUCUCUCUGUUGCUGUACUUUUGUUGUAUUGCGUUCCCAUCCGAUGGGUCAUCCUCGUCUGGGGUGUGUUUUUCCGCGUCCCUUUGAAUAAAAUAAUAUUUUUCCAGGUGUCAACAAGUUCACUAAAAAACUGCGGAACCCGAACUUUGUCGACAACAAUGAGAUUUUGGAUUUUCUUUCACGGGUGCCCUGUGAUAAUGAUUUGGUCAGUUUGGAGGUUUUUCUCCCAUUCAUUGCUCGGUUCAGGAAGAUUGGGAAAACAAACGAUUGGCACGAAAUGUAACCAGCCCUUGA